GACAGUUCAAGUUCCAACCGUUCAACCUCAAUUCUUGUCUAUAAGUGUUGCUUCGUUAGCAUGUUGCUUUUUGCACGUUUCAGUUUGCAAGGGCGGCUCAAGUCAGGGCACGGCAAGAGCCUUGGAGCGAAGAGCCAUGGCAUGUGUGAAUUUGCAAAAAAUGAUGCAUCAAUCAGAAGUCUUCGGAAGAUUAGUGGACCGUUUUCAGCAGGUGCAGCCACAGGGACGUGAGCAGGUCAUUUGGCUGCAGUUGUUCCAAAUCGUCAUUGACGAACUAAAGACAGUGGUGCAACUGCACGUGCCCCGUGAGACUGCGAAUCCGGAGCUGCUGAAUGACCCGGUGGAUCCGAACUACCAGUUUCGUAUAUUUGUGGACCGCCUCAAAGCCGCGUGCAUUGCUUUGGCAAAGCAUGAGCCGGAUGAGCCCACUGCGCUCCAGAAGCUCUGGGAGGCCUGUCUGAAUGCUGAAAAGAUUGUGUCAGAGUGGCACGACCAGCUUGAAAGAUCGACCCAGAACACUGAGACUGCGAACACUUCAAUCGCUACUGCACCAACAGACGGUAGAGUGAGCGUCAACUUGCCCAUUGAAGAAGGUGAAGAAGCGAGGGUGAACCAAAGGAUUCAUCAGUUUCAGAAACACUACAGCCACUUUGAUGUUGCUCCGGCACAGCGUGCUGAAGACAGACCUCGUGACAUCCGUGCGCCGACCCGUGGGCGAAUCAACCGGGUGACAAAGACACCCAUUGAGAAGCCAGAGCUGGUCCUCAUUGGUUGCACCGAGGGAAGGGAUCUGGAUGCGCAGAUUGAACUGUUCGAAAAGUCAGGCAUGGGGCCGAACUAUGUCAUCACCAAGGAUGGCCAACUGAAGGAAUUUGUCAAGGCGGAGCUGUGUGCCUGGUGGGGCAAUCCGGCAUGCUGGCAUGGGGUUCCACCCACGUAUUCGUUCCCUGGCGUCGGCACGCUGAGCGAAGUCCACUAUUAUUCUAUUUCAGUGGCUUUGGAAGGGGAUGGAGACAAAGAUCAGGAUGAAGAUCACCAAAGCCACUUCACUGAUCAGCAGUACAAGACACUUGUGGAGUUUAUCAGUGAUCUACAGAAGGCCUAUCAGAUCAAGCCCUGGAACAUCCUCGGGCUGGCGGAGGUUUGCAUGCCCCCCAACCGCUACGCGUCUCCUGGAAGACAUUUUGAUUGGAAAAGGUUGUCUGACGUCACCUUCGAUGCUGAGCCCUUGCAGCACCAAAAUGGUGACGGCACGAGCGAGGAUGUGGAGAAACUGAUGAUCAAAUGGGGCUAUGGCCUUGGUGAGGGGGAGGAAGCAACCAAUAGUAUUAGGCUGGCUAGCUUCGGCUACCGGUACGGAUGUGAAGGCAAAGAACAGUGUGAAAUGAAGUUGAGGGCUCUGAUUGAUGCCCGAGAUCAGACUGUCAAGAGUCGCUAGCAAGGUCACUCAUGUGUCGACAACUGACGCGUGUGUUGGCGUCGGUGGGGGCCUGUGAGUGAGCAUUCUUUCUGAGGAAAGUUUGCAUGCUCCACGGCAGCGCUGUCAUGAUUGGUAGAAAACAAAGACAAC